AUGGAGGAGGAGGAGGAGGAGGAGUCACGACGACGACGGUGUUGUUUUGGCGAUGGCAAUAUCAACCACAUGAUUGAGCGCCGAUCUCUUGGCCACCGAGGGCCGCCGGAACGCACUCCUCAAAUGCACUCCUCUUUUCUACGGAGACUUUCACUUGAAACCGAGUUACAGGGCCAUACUGGUUGUGUUAAUGCUAUUUCAUGGAAUUCCUCGGGAUCACUCCUUAUUUCUGGAUCAGAUGAUGCUCGGAUUAACAUAUGGAGUUAUUCAUCUCGCAAACUUCUCUCAACUAUUCAGACAGGUCACUCAGAAAACAUUUUCUGUACAAAAUUUCUUCCUAAAACAUCUGACCACUUACUGCUAUCUGCUGCUGGAGAUUCCCAGGUACGCCUUUUUAAUCUGUCCCGACUAGCAGGAACGUCAGGAUUAAUGGAUGAUCAUCCAUCAUCUCUUUUCCAGUGUCACCGUGGGAGAGUUAAAAAGUUAGCUGUGGAGAAUGGAAACCCUAACGUUGUAUGGAGUGCAAGUGAAGAUGGAACGUUGAGGCAGCAUGACUUUCGGGAGUGUUCAUCUUGUCCUCCUCCUGCUGCUGCUGCUUCUGGAUCAUCUCAUCAACACUGCCGCAAUGUCUUACUUGACUUGCGAUGCGGAGCAAAGAGGUCUUUAGCUGAACCUCCAAAGCAGUUACUUUCUUUGAAGUCAUGUGACAUUAGCUCCACUAGACCUCAUUUGCUUCUUGUGGGUGGAAGUGAUGCAUUUGCACGCUUGUAUGAUAGACGGAUGCUUCCACCACCACAUGAGUCGUCGUCAUCUUACAACAACAACAAAUUGGGUCCACCUCCCCCCUGUGUCAGCUACUUCUGUCCAAUGCAUCUAUCUGACCACCACCAGGAUCGUUCAAGUUUACAUCUCACUCACGUUGCAUUCAGUCCUCAAGGAGACGAAGUGCUUCUCAGUUACAGUGCCGAACAUGUAUACCUGAUGGAUGUGAAUCAUGGAAGUGGAAAUGCCAAACAAUACAACUCAAGGGAUUGUUCAAAGUUGACAAGUUACAGUCCCACACUCGAUGGAGUUAAAUUAGAGUCAUUGCCAUCUUCCUCGCUCUUGAAUGGAAUGUCUUCAGGAAACAGUGUUUUUAAUAAGCUUGACAAGUGCAGAAAGCUGGUUGAGUUUGCUGAAAAUUGCUUAAACGAGGACACAAACUAUUUUUAUGGUAUCGAGUCUUGCAAUGAAGUCUUAGAUAGUUAUUUCAAUGGAAUUGGUGCUGUGCUAUUGCAUAGAUGUUUAUGCGUGCGUGCAGCUUUAUUGCUUAAGCGGAAGUGGAAAAAUGAUGUUCAUAUGGCCAUAAGAGAUUGUUAUGCUGCACGGAAGAUUGACUCUUAUUCUUACAGGGCACUCCACCUACAAUCGGAAGCCUUGUUGCAGUUGAGAAAGCAUAAAGAAGCCUUGGACUUUGCUCUUGCUGCUCAAGCAUUAGCACCACAUGAUUCUCCGGUUACAGAAACUGUGGAGAACAUCAAAGCCCAGCUUGCUGCAGCUGAAGCUGAAACAAAAGACAAGGAAAAUGGUGAAGGGCCAAGGUCAGGACCUCGAAAAGGAAGAGGAGGGUUAUCAUUGAGUGACAUACUGUACCACCCAGAGGCAAAUAUUGAUGAUGUUUCCCAAGAUGAUUAUGAUGAGGAACUUGAAACAUCAAUAUUGCGAGAAGUCGACGAUGAAGGGCGUGAGAUUGAAUCAUCCAACAACAUUCGACGUGACAGUAUAAAUGUGAGAAGUCGUGCAAAUGGCUCAUGUAGUUCCUCCUCCCUUUCAUCAUUUUCUCGCACUAGUACUUACAAGCUGCCUGAAGUAGCUGUUGAUAUGAAGCAGCGAUAUGUAGGGCACUGUAAUGUGGGAACUGAUAUAAAACAAGCUAGUUUUCUUGGUCAGAAAGGUGAAUAUAUUGGGAGUGGGAGUGAUGAUGGAAGAUGGUUUAUUUGGGAGAAAAGAACAGGUAGAUUGAUAAGAAUGCUUGUAGGAGAUGAAGCUGGUAUGUAUGUAUGUAUGUAUAUCUGGAGUCCAUCAGCAGCAGCAGCAGCAGCUGGUUGUUCAAGAGGAUGGCCAUGGGAGGAGAAUGGUAACAUAUUGGAUGUCAUGGAAAACAAUCAGCGUCAACUAUAUCGUGGAACCAUCGUAGAUCUAGAUAGAAAGAGAGAGAUGAUGAGCUCAAGCAGAUCAUCAUCAUCAUAUGUUAAUAAUAAUAAUAUUGUUCCUCGGAUUAUUAAUAAUAAUGGGAUUCCAAUAAUAACAAGGCCGAGUUGGCCUAAUUCUUCAUAUAUCUGCUUCGGCAAAUUCAAUCUCACCUACCAUCGCCGUCGACGUUAUUCAUGGCCGAUACGACGUCGCCACAACAAAUCAUGCAGCAGCAGGGAUUUAGUCGUCUACAGCAGCCUCGAUCCUGCCGGAGUUGGACCGCCGCCGCCGCCGCCACAUUCUAAUUGGAAAAGUUGGAUUCUUGGAAUGGCCAUAACUGUGAUUCUCCCCUUUCUGAGGCACAAAUUUGGACCAUCAUUAAUGUUGUUAUUAACAAAUGAUAGAGUUGAAAAUGUGGUUGAGAAAGCUGAAGCUGUGGCGGAGUUAAUAGAAAAGACUGCUGAGACGGUGGGGAAGGUGGCGGAGGAAAUCUCCGACGAGCUUCCUCGAGGCGGAAAGCUCAGAAACGCCGUUGACUUUCUCGAAACUCUCGCCAAAGAAACUGCUAAGGAUGCUCAUUUGGUAGGAGACUUAAUCGACCAGGUGCAGGAUGUUGAGAAUGUAGUUGAAAAUAUUAUCCAAGACAAUAAUAAUAAUAAUAAUAAUAAUAAUAAUGAGAUUAGUGAAAAUAUGAAAAAGGACGACGAAAACAACCUCCACCACAGCAACCAGGAAAUAUCAAACAAUAAUAAUAUAUAGUACUUUAAUUAGUUG